CCGUCACUGGCUGGCAUCAACCCUAACGUUUCUCACUCCUUUGCUCACUCCGCCACCCCUCCGUCACCUUGACCCUAACGUCGUCAUCUCUCCCUCUCUCUCUCCCCUGCCGUCUUUUCCAAAUCUCAUGGCCACCGACGAUUUCCCAUUAAUCGACGAUCCGCACGCUCCUCCGCCUCCUCACGCACCCGCCGACGUCCACCCCGACUCCGAGUCCGUCCACGGUGGAGAUUAUUACCCGACCUACCCCGACUCCGACCAGGAAAAGUCCGGAUCCGGAGCUCCAACAACUCCGUCGUCGAAACGGAGCCACCACCACCACCAGCCGCCGUCGUCGCAGCAGCAGCAAUUCUAUUACAACAACAACAGCAGCAGCAGCAAAAGGCAGAAAGCGAACGGCAACGGCGCGGAACCGGAAUCGACCGCUAACACCGCCGCGACGCCGGAUUACCGUGCGGAUUACCGCAAGGACAGGGAGGAAUGGAGCGACACGGCGAUCUCGUGCCUGCUGGACGCCUACACGGUGAAGUACAGCCAGCUGAACCGCGGGAACCUGCGGGGGAGGGAUUGGGAGGAGGUGGCGGAGUCGGUGAGCGAGAGGGGCGGGAGCGGUAACAGGAAGAGCGUGGAGCAGUGCAAGAACAAGAUCGAUAAUCUGAAGAAGAGGUAUAAAGUGGAGCUGCAGAGGAUCAGCGGUGGUGGGUUUGGAGGUAAUGUGGCUAGCAAUUGGCAUUGGUUCAAGCAGAUUGGAGCCAUCAUCGGGAGUUCAUCUUCUGGUUCUAAAGCCGUCUCCGCUGGUGGCGGUGGAGCUGUUGCAGAGAGUAGUGAACCCAGUCCCAUCGCAGUGGCGGUUCCUGUUGUGAAUGGCGGCACGUUGACGACCGUCAGGCAGACUAAAAGGCAAACCCCGACCAGUUCUGCCUUAGCAAACAACUUGAAACCUAAAUCAAUGCCGAAUUUGAAAUGGCGCAGAGUUGUGUUCAAAAUCAGCGGUGCUGCUCUGGCAGGUAACUGCCAGAAUAUUGAUCCGAAGGUUGCAAUGCAGAUAGCAAGUGAAGUGUCAACAGUUUGUCGCCUUGGACUUGAGGUGGCAAUUGUUGUUGGUGGUCGUAACUUCUUUUGUGGAGAUUCAUGGAUAUCUGCCACUGGCUUGGACAGACCUACAGCAUACCAGAUUGGAUUUAGAUUGCCAUUCCUUCCGCUUAAGUGAACUUGUGAUUCCCUUAAACUUUCCAUGUUGCUCGGAUGUUGACGUUCAACUAUCUCAUGCAUUGCUGUGAAUCAAUUUUCGUCACUUCGCCUAGUUGUCUGAUCAGUUUGCUUGCUACGGUAAUCAGCAUGAUGGCAACUGUCAUGAAUUCUGUAUUGCUGCAAUCAGCUUUAGAGAAACUGGGAAUUCAGACUCGCGUGCAAAGUGCAUUUUCAAUGCCAGAGCUCGCUGAGCCUUAUAGCAGGCAACGAGCUAUCCGACAUCUUGAGAAAGGGAGAGUGGUCAUAUUUGGUGGGGUGGGUGCUGGGGCUGGCAACCCUUUGUUUACAACCGACACAGCAGCAGCCCUAAGAGCUUCUGAGAUCAAUGCAGAUGCUCUGCUCAAAGGCACUAACGUAAAUGGCAUUGAUGAUUGGCAAACCAGUAAUAGCAAUAUGAUACUGGAUCACAUAUCAUUCAGAGACGUGGUCUCUGGGGGUGCUACCUCGAUGGACAUGAUGGCGAUUACCUACUGCGAAGAGAAUGGAAUCCCAGUUGUGGUCUUCAACAUGCUGGAGCCUGGAAAUAUAUCAAGAGCGCUAUGUGGUGAACAGGUUGGGACUUUAAUUGAUCAAACAGGAAGGAUCAGUCAAUAACUGCCAUCUAUCAUAAACCGCGCAUUUUAUACAUUUCCGAGCUUCUUAUUUGUGUGUACAUACCCGAAUUUGUUGUUCAAAGCAGGAAAACAACAAAGAUGUGUAAACAUAAUGUGAUAAGGACUGUGUAAACAUGUCCUCCCCAUUGUGAUGUAGCUAGAUGAUCUAUAUUCGUGUCUACCCAUUCUUCCAGACUCGUGUAAAAUAAUUACGAGUCUCUUCGCCUCGAUGUUAGCCUUGCAGUUGGUCUAGUUGACUGAAUCUUCUGUGUAUUUGCUAAUUCUAAUUAUGGUGUGAUGUGUGCUAUUUAUAGUUUUGUCCAGUUCGGUUCAUACA